UAAUGUUUUUUGCUUGAGAAUGUUGCUUCGUAAAUUGUUGAAUGUGCGCUACAGUUGCCUAGUGCGACGCUGGGCUAGCACAGAUUCACUUAGUUUACAGAACGAGAAACUGCAAGCAUAUCUGGAGUCACUGCGUCAGGAAUACUACGCUCUGCGCGUCAAUGCAGCUGGCAACAGCAGCCUCUACGAACGCCUCUCCCGCCUGGAUCCCGUUGUUAAUUCGCUGGAGAAGCACCGCGCCCUGCAGCGCAACAUAACGCCCAAGCAGGAGCUGGCUGCCGAGAAGGAUGAGGAUAUGCGUGCGCUGAUGCAGGAGGAGAACAACGUGUACGCAGAUCUGUUGCGUAAACAGGAAGAGGACAUGUUGCAGGAACUGCUCACGCUGGCUGACAAUGUUGACUAUCCGGCGUUGAUAUUCGAGGUGAAGGCCGGUGCCGGUGGGCAGGAGGCGAUGCUCUUUGCCCAGGAACUGUACGACAUGUACACCAGUUACUUUGAGCACAUGGGCUGGGAGUACGAGGAGUUUGCAUACGAGACGACCGACAUUGGGGGACUGCGACAUGCCAAUCUGUUGGUCAGUGAUCCCGAGGCGUACAACUGGCUGCGCUACGAGGCGGGCGUGCAUCGGGUGCAGCGUGUGCCGACCACAGAGAAAUCCGGUCGCAUGCACACCAGCACCGCCUCAAUCACUGUGAUACCCCGUCCGGCCGAUGUGCAUGUGCAUCUCACGGAUCGCGAUCUCAAGAUCGAGACGAAACGCGCUAGUGGAGCCGGUGGACAGCAUGUGAACACCACAGAUUCUGCCGUGCGCAUUGUGCAUCUGCCCACGGGCCUGGCCGUGGAAUGCCAGUCGGAAAGGUCACAGCUUAAGAACCGAGAACUGGCACUCAAGCGGCUGCAGGCCAAGCUCAUGCAGCAGCAGCUAGAGAGCGCCGAGGCGAGCAAACAGGCCACGCGCAAGUCGCAGCAGGGCAAUCUCAAUCGCAACGAGAAGAUUCGCACUUACAAUUUUAUGCAGGAUCGCGUCACUGAUCAUCGUGUGCAGCAGGGCGGCACGCUGCACAAUCUGAGCGGCUUCCUCGCGGGUGGCCAGCAGCUAAGCGUGCUCAUCGAACGUCUGCAGUUGGAGCAGCGCAAAUCGAAGCUAGUGGAGUUACUCGAGACGUGGCAGGCGCCACAAGAAGCGUUCGAAAAGAAACUAAACUAAAUAUGUUGCCCAGGCAGAGGGAAAUA